GUCGGGGGCCUUUUACGUGUUACCAUGGUAACACGCUGUACACAACAGCUGGUCAAAGAGGGUGAAAUUCAGUCGCUCCUUUCUGCGCUUUGUUUGCAUUAACUAUGACUGCGCGUUCCGCCGGGCGUCCGAAAACACGAACUCCGAACCAGGGAUUUUCCAAUUAAGAGGACAAGAAGAUUGCUUCCUUGCAAUUCUUGCACCAACCAAAUGUAGAUGAUCAAGAUUUAAAGGAAAAUGGUACAAGACUGAAAUGCAGGAAGUAUGUGGCAGUUCAGCUGUAUCAGCAAAGAAGCCAGAAAAUAGGAGAAAUGUCAAGGAAAUCCAAAAUGGAUGUACCUAAACCUGCCUGUCUGACUUAUCAGUUACAAGACAGUGCCAUAAGAUACCAUCUUCCACUGAAAGAAUUAUUGCCAAGUGUGGAAGUGAAUGAGGGCUACUUGUCUAGCUGGCCUGGGCAUAUAGGUGGAGAGAUUGUUCAACAUAAACAAAAGUUUCACCCGUCAAAAAUUGACAAACAGCAUGGAUAUGGUCCUGCAUGUGCAAGCAAUACUCCAAAACCUCGGUUCUUGGAAAAGUUGGAAGACCACUUGAGAAAAGAGCUCCAAGUCUUGGAUCCAAAUGUGCCCAAUGCUCAAGAAGUUAAUCUACAAGCUUACCGUGAAGUGUUUGAAUAUUUCAUUGAAGAUCUAAAAACCUACAAGCCAUUGCUAUCUGCCAUCAAAAAUGAAUAUGAAAUUGCCCUGGCUCAGCAGCGAAAUCGAAUCCGUGAAUUGGAGCCAUUACAAAACAUGCUUGUAACCACAACUGAGAACUGUGAACAGAGGAUUCUUGCCCUGCGUGAAGAAGAAAAAUUUGAGAUCCAAUCACUGAAGCGUGAAAGAACACAGCUACUUGAAAAAAUUGAUGAUUUAAUGGAAGUGCAGGAUUCCCUAAAGAUCCAGGUUUGCAAGCUUCAGGAAGAUCUGGCAACCGAGUAUGAAAAAUACCGAGAACAAAAUGAUGCACGCAAACUUCUGAUUUCUGAUUUGAAUAAUCUGCGCAGUCAACAAGAAGCGUCACAUGAUUCUCACACAAAAGAAGCUGAUGCAGCUGAAGAUAGUGUAAAACUAAAGUUGGCAUUGAAAGUAGCUCGUGAAGACCUCAAGGCGCUGCAAGUGACACUAAAUGCAAUGAAGGCAGAGUAUGGAGAUGUGAUUCCAAGAAGGGAUUAUGAAUCUUUAGAAAAAAACUAUAAUGAAUUAACUGAGAAGUAUGAAAAUCUACAGAAGCAUUUUGCUCAGCUGAAACUGGAACACAAUACCCUGUUGGAAGUUAACAAGCAAAUCACUCUUCAGCGAGACCAACUGAGUGCGGAAGUUGAACUACUGAAAACUAAAAUGGCAGACCCUCAGAUGGCAGAUGAUCUAAAUAAAACAAAGGAAGAAUACUUUGAGGGAUUGGGUACUGGAGAAGAUGUUAUUCUUUUUCUUCGUCAUGACGGUCUUGUCCAGAACAUGAAUUUGAGCAAGGAGAAUAUAACCAGUGUGCUAAAAGAAAUCUGGAAGGAAAAGAUUGCAGAUGACCUUCAGAGUGGGACAAGUUCCAAUCUUCCUGAAUUUUUCCAUAGCUUUCUCCAGAAGAAAUAUGGAGACUCUGCCACACUCUGGGCUUACAACAUUUACUAUGGCUGCAGAAACCAUCAGACAGAUGAAUUCAUCAAUUUGUUUUUCUGCAUUAUCAAUGGAAUUGUUGAUGAAAGUGUAUACCAUGGGCAGAUGCAACUUAUUACAUACCUGUGGACUGAACUGACAAAUCGAGACACUGCCGGAAAAGGCAUCCUUUCCAAACAGGAGUUCAGUCAAACCUUGAAGUCAGCCUUUCCAAAUAAGCCUGAAAAAUACAUCAAUGAGCUUAUCACUGCUGCAACAACCCAACUUAGAGACAGCAAGAAAAUUAAUUACACAGCUUUAUUUAAAGAGAAUGAAGAUGAUACAGCAGGAUUGUUUGUUACAUUGCUACAAGGCCAGUACUCAGCAGAGAAAAUUAAGUACCUUGAUGAAUUAAGAAAUACAUUGGAAGAUAAAGAGGAACUGACUGUAGAUGACCUGAAAAAGGCUUUUCAAAAAAUUGACCCGUCUAUGGAUCCACAAACACUUGCUACGUACUUAGUUAAAGGUUUCCAAACUACAAGAGAACAGCUUGAUCAAGCGUCAGCGGUAGACACUGACACUGUUUUAGACCGACUACACGCAAACGAUGUGAAGAGGAUCGGACCACAGAAGUAGCAUGGAUAUAUUUCAAUCCAUUUUGCCUAAAGCUAAUGUUUUAAAAGUAUUGUGCACUUGAUUUUAACUAUUGGAAUAGUGUUAGAGACCAAGUGGAAUGUCACUAUUCUUGGAUAUGUAUUUACAUAACGUUCAUUGUUUGCUUCAAUAAAAUGAAUGUCCUCUAUCUGAAGGCAGUAUUUAUGACAACCAUGAAAAAUACAAAAAAGCCACAUGUUGAAGGUACAAUAAGUGUUUGAUUAUAGAUGUGAACUAUUAUAGUAAUUACUUUUUAAAAAUACAUGAUCACAACUUAACGGAGAAAAACUGCACAAAAAGAGAUUCUUCAGACAUUCAAGUAUGUACUGACCAUCAAGCACCCUUUUUUUUUUAAACAUUAAUCCUACUGUAGCCCAUUUUAUUCUCCCUACAUUAUCAACAAUAUCCAGAACCUAUCCCAGAUUUUUAAAUGUUGCAAGAAAGGAUUGCUGGGGCCUUGCUGAGGGUUUUGUAUCCUCUGGCCAUAGGUGAGGUCCCAGAGGACUGAAGAAUAGGCAAUGUUUUUCCUAUAUUUAUGAAGGGCAAUGGGGAUAAUUCAGCAAAUUAUACACCAAUAACCUGUACAUUAGAGGUAAUUAUUGGGAAACAUCCCUCGGGAUAGUAUUUGCUGUAUUAGAAACUGUAGGUUUAUUAGAGGAUAGUCAGGAGAGAUUGUGCCUUACAAAUGUAACUUUAUUUCCUGAGGUGAUGAAGAUGAUUCUUGCGAGUAGAGCAGUGGAUGUUGUAUAUGUGGCUUUAGUAAAGUUUUCAACAAGGCCUCUCAUGGUAUGUGGAUCAAUAAGAUUAAGACAUGCAUGAUCCACAGUGAAUUGGAUUGUUCUCGAUAGCCAAGAUGAUUUUAAUCCUGAAAGUAGAGGUGGAAAAGCAUUAUUCUUAUUGGCGAUCACUUCUGCACUGAUCCAUGCUGGGACCUCGGUUACUUGCGAUAUAUUUAAAGGAUUGGAAUGAAAAUAUACAUUAGGUGGGCUGAUAAAUAAAUUUGCAGAUGGCACAAAAAUUAGUAGAGUUGUGGAUCAGGAGUAAAGUUGUCAAAAGAUUCAGCAGGAUUUUGACCAGUUGGAAAUAUGGAUUAGCAAGAAUUACCUAUAAGAGGAGGCUGGAGAAACUUUCUGAUUGUCUUCUCUGGAAUGCUGGAACCAUAAAAUUAUGAGAUACUGUAGUAGGUCAUCUUUUCCCCAGGGCAGACAUGUCAAAUACGACAGCGAGUUGGUUUUGGUGGUGGGGGGGAAGGUGUGGUAAAGCUUAAAAGAGAUUUGUGAAACAGGUUUCUUUUUCUUAUAUACAUUGAGGGUUAGGCACCUGGAAGAUGCUGGAAGCAGAUAUGAUAGCAACAUUUAAAAUCUAUUUAGCCAACAGAGGAAUGGGCAGGGAAUGGAGGGACAUAGACCAUGUAUAGGCAGGUGGGAUUAUUUGCAUAUUCAUGGUGUGCCCAAGGCUCUGUUCCUCUUCUGUCCUAAUCUGUGAUCUGUAUAUAAAUCUCAUAUUAUAUUUUAGACAGAAACACAUCUCUCUCUGCAGCUGCCUGUUUAAAUAGCAAUUUUUAAAAAAUCAGUUCAGUCAAAAUCAUCUCAUUAAGUAGGACAAAUUGCUUAUCUGUAAACUGAAAAUGGGAAACCUUGUAGGUUAUUUAGAGUGCAAAAUAUGCAAUAAAGAGAAAGUACCUAAUAUUACUUGGAUAUUAAGAUGAUCUCACCAUUUCAGAAAUAACUGUACCUGCUUUCAAUUGAAAGGAACAAGCAUUAUUCUACAACUUCUUCACUUAAUCACUUCUUAAUUGCCAAUCAAACCUAGUAUUUAUGGUUGUGUGUUAUGGUAAUACUACAGCUUCAUUUUUUCUUACCGGAAUAAAAUUUUAAGAUGGCAAGCCAGCUACUUUUUCAGAACCAGCUUCCAACACCCCCACCCCCACCACACCCUGUGCUACUCUACAUUUACUGGAAUUUGGCCUCACACUGCAGCAGUGAAAUCAGACUAUGAUGAAAGAAAAUGUGUGACCCAAUUGUACACUGUUACUAAUCUUGGGCUACUGAAAACUCUUGCACAACAAAUUUUUCUCUUUCCUCCACUACACAAUGUUCUUGAACUGAAUUUCUGGUCUUGUAAUCAGAAAAUAAAUUACACAAUUUUACUUUUCUGUUCAUUUAACGCAAUACAAAAUUAA